UAGUGAAUAUAAAUACAGUUGAAGUUAACGUUCGUAGAGUUAUAUUGAAACUGCGAAAAUGUUGUUCAGACAUAUUUUUGGAAUACUAGUAGGAAUUAAUCUAAUAAUUGCAGUCAUAUGUCAGUCUCGGAGUUACUUUGAUAGGAACUGUCCAGAGAAUAGAGCUAAGAGCAUCAGAGAAUGUAAGAUGUAUGUAGACACUCGCUUAGAUUUUAUUGACUUUAGACAAUGGUCAUCUGAGCUAGGGAAUGCAGUCAAGGUUUCCUUAGAUGUAACCUGUAGUUCUAAUGGACGAGUCUAUCUUCCAUGGCCAAUGAAAGCUACGGGACUGAUUAAACUUAAUGUGGAAGGAUGUAUACUGGAAGGAUUUGCUUCGGAGUUUAACACCCCGACAAAUCUGAAAGAUGAAUUACAAGUGUUAUCUGUGGAUAAUUGCGUCAUUGUUUCUAAUCUGGAUAGUAUAUUUGAUAUCAUAUACAAACCAGUGACCCAGGAAUAUGACUGUGGUCAACAAACUUUACGUAGUGCAGUUAGGCGUAAUAUAUCAUACAUGUUUCCGAAUAUAAAAGAUCAACAUUUGAGUAAACGACACGAAGCGCUAUUGAUGUCAUCGUCCGAUGAAUUGAUUAAAAAGGCAAAGCAAAAAAGGUAUAGAUGUUAUUAUUCAGAGUUAAAUUACAUUGAUCAAAGUCUUAGCAGAACUCGCAGUAAACUGUAUUUGCGACUGAUGACUGCUUAUUCCGAAUACCCCAAACUUCAAACUUUUCUUAUUGCUGACAAUGGAUACAGGAGAGUGCCACAAGAGUUAAUUGAUUGGAGGAAAUCUUUCCCACAACUUACAUUGUUAGAUAUGUCUAAUAAUAAAAUCGCGAGGUUUGAUUUCUUGGGAGCACCCUUCAAAGGGAUGAAUGCUCGACCGCAACCGCUGGUGGCUGAUCUAUCGUACAAUUCCGUCACAGCCAUUCCACUGAACAUGCAUGAUUAUCUCACCGGUUCUGUUCCGAUUAUUGUUGAUUUAACAGGUAAUCCACUUAAUUGUAAUUGUGACUUCUUACGAUAUAAAAAUUAUGUAAUGAAGGCGAUAAGAAGAUUUGGAAGGUACAACAAUCUGUCUCGAAUAACCUGUUAUUCCGCAAGAUCACGCAGGAAAAUCCGUCUAGCAAAUUACCGUAACAACAAUUGUUUAAUAUAGAAUUUCUUUUUCGUAGAAAUGUGAACACUUGACAUUAACAUUUCAGUUAGACUGUAAAGUUGUGUUGAUAUUAUAUGAUAUAUGAAAAAAUGUGCUGCAACAUGCGAAGUUUGCAUCUUAUGGUAUUUAUAUUUGUUUAUACUUUUAAUGUAAAUUGACUUCAGAAUGAUCAUUUCAUGAUUAAAUUUUUUGAAGCU